AUGAAAUUAGAUGGCGGAAUCGGCGGAGGAGAAAAACGGAGCCGCCUCUCAUCGGAGCUCCGGCGCCGACGAUCUGCUUCUUCUUUCCCGAUUGCUUUCUCAGGUGGAAUCAACACGAGAAGAACAGAGGCGCAAGCACUCCCAACUUUCAGCUCAACAAGAGGAUGUGGAAAGAAGUGAAACCAAAGUGGAAAGAGAAGAAGAGGCAGUAGUGAAAGAACUAGAAGAAGUGAAGAGGCAGAAUUUCAUAACUCACUGCUUAGUUUCAGCAAUGAUAAUCCUCACAGUUGCUUGGCAAGUCUCUGAGGUGUCUUUCAUUUUGAAACUCAGAGGUGGGUUGAGCAACCCAUUCAAAUCCCUAGCCAAAAUUCUCAAAAAGAAGACAACUUCAGCAAUACAUAAUCAGAUUGAAGCUACUGAAUUGCCUCACCUUAAUAUGCCUGCCCUACCUCAUGUGAGCCUACCAGAUUUUGACUUGGAUGGAGAAUAGCGUACCUGCUCUGCAAAUCAAUCAUCAAGAUCAUCCAAGCUGGUCCAUGGAUAUGCUGCCUGCUGCUAGCUCUUUGAGAUUCGAUUUUCCAGGCACAACCAAUCAUUUCAACAACCGUAUGUAAGUUGUAUGAUAGAUAAGAUAAAACUAAAACCCUGUAAUAUUUGUGCCACAGAAUAAAGUUAGAGCCAUCGAAGUAUUUGUAAUGACUGUACUUUUGUAAUGGAAGAAUUCUGAUUUUGAUUCCAUUUUGAACAUUGCGUAUUUCGAUGUCCAUGCCGAAGAAGUUUUAUUAACAUUAUGUCAUAAACCAAUAUUGAGCGGUGAUUUUCUGCUCGUAUAAUGGUGCGGCAUAUAAUAUACUUGUGUCUGAAUAGUAUGCAGGGAGUAUUGAGCAAAUCACCUGAAUGAAACCAUCUAUUUCAUCAAUUCUCAAUGACAACCAAGAAAUUCGACUUUUUAUAGGCACACAUUGAAGCAUAAACACAAUAAAAUAUAAUCCGAGUUCCCAUUUCAAA